CAGACAACGUACAUGUAUACAGUUUGAUAUUCCGUUUGUAGUGCAUCUGGGAUAUCCUUUCACCUCUUACUUCAGCCACUAUAAAAACGGAACAUCAUUUCAAACACCUCCAAGUUUUACUUCCACUCCCUCUUCUCCUCAUCCCACGAUCAGUUCGCAGCAUUUCCCUCUUUCUCCCACACACAUAUAUAUCAUCUUCUUUAUCCAUAUACACUUCGCCACCUGGAAUAAUAUUCAAUCACUGGUAUGGAUAAAUUUGAAUAUCAGGACCCUACACUGACUACUGUCGUUCCGCAGAAACCUAUUGACCAAGUUAACCAAGAUGAGGUAGCGAAAAAGGAGAGAUCAAGGCUCUCUUCCAUAUUCACUGUCAUCUUCUCAGGUUUCGCGCUGCUAUCGGAUGGUUAUCAAGUUGGUGUUCUAUCUCUUGUCAACGUCUGCUUCACAAAGAUCUAUGGGGACGAGUUUACUUCCGCCAUAUCAACACGCAUUGGAAACUCGCUCUUUAUAGGCUGUAUUAUUGGACAGAUUGGAUUUGGAUAUAUUUGCGAUCGAGUCGGCCGCAAGGUCGGUUUGCUGCUCACAACAUUCCUCGUCAUUUUAGGAGCUGCUCUCUGUGCUGGUGCUUACGGUGCUGGAGGCUCUGUUGAGGGCCUCUUCUGGGCCCUGACGGUUUAUCGUGGCAUUCUUGGAGUCGGUGUCGGAGGGGAGUAUCCAUGCUCGUCAGCCUCUGCCUCUGAAGCUGCAGAUGAAGUCUUGCCUGGUAGACGCGGUAUGCUUUUCGUAUUUGUCACCAACUUUGUCAUUGACUGUGGAUUUGUCCUCUCGGCUUUAUUUCCAUUGAUCCUUGGUGCGGCUGGGUGCAGCUAUCCAGUUAUUUGGAGGGCUUCGUUUGCCUUUGGUGUGCUCCCCCCUCUCUCGGUCAUGUACUUCCGCUUCAAGAUGGAUAACUCGCAGAUCUUCCAAAAAAAUUCGAUGAAGAAGAACGUUCCCUAUCUUUUGAUUUUCCGUCGCUACUGGAAAUAUCUUCUAGGAACCGGUGGCUCCUGGUUCUUCUAUAACUUUAUCUCGUACCCAUUUGGCAUCUUUGCUGGCACGAUCCUCGACAAUGCCAUUGGCGCCGAUGCCACCUUCGUCCAAACGGCCGAAUGGAUGCUGCUCCUCAAUUGCUUCUAUCUCCCAGGAUCCAUUUCCGGUGCCUUGGCCUCAGAUAAGAUUGGCCGUAAGAGAACUAUGGCUCUUGGUUUCUUCUGCCAAGGCGUCCUUGGCAUCAUCAUGGGUGUCUUUUACACGAAAUUACUCAACGUUUUCCCUUUGUUUGUCGUCCUCUAUGGUAUCUUUAUGAUGAUGGGAGAGUUCGGUCCUGGAGACAUGCUUGGACUUGUUUCUGCAGAAAUUUAUCCCACAGCUGUCCGCGGGACUGCUUAUGGUUGGUCUGCUGCCUUCGGGAAGUUUGGUGCAUUUGUUGGUACCUCUAUCUUCAAGCCCCUCAUUUCUAGUUUUGGCCAUGGUGACGAGAUCUUGGGUCAAAGCCGUGUCUUUAUCUUUGCCUCAUGCCUCGCCCUCUUAGGCUCUGUCUUCACCUAUAUCCUUAUUCCUGACUAUUCAAAGAAGGCUUUGGGUGAGGAAGAUGAGGACUUUAGGCAGUAUCUGGCUUCCCAUAACUAUGACCUCUCCAACUUUGGUGAGAAUGGCUUUCAGGAAAUGCGGUCCGCCGCUUUGGAUUCAGACGAAAAAUCUCGUAUCAAUACAUAGAAUAAUAUUGUUCAUUAAACAUGUAUAUACAAAUC